CGCCGCCUCCUCCGGCCCGGGAUGGAGGGCGACCUGCGGGCAGCGGGGCAGCCGGGCCGCCCCGCCCUCCCUCGUCGUUCCCCGACCCGGGCGGUUCGGCGGUAGCGCUCCCCCUCCCUGCCCGGAACGAGGCGCGGGGUGCGCGCGUGAUGGGGGACAACUGUUAGAGCUUUUGUCGUCGGCGCGGAGACAAAGAAGGCGUCUCCCCGCGUCCCGCCUCGCUUCCAGGGGUGCCGCCGGGCCCCGCUGCCCCGCUGCCGGCCGCCGCCGCGGUGAUGGUGCCGCUAGAAGGACGCGUUGAUACGCCCCCAAACAGCCUCGCGGUUUGCAUUCCUAAAAUUGCUGCAGCGUCCUGCAGUCUCCCCGCCAUCCGCUGUGUGAGGAAUGAUGACGGUUCCAUGAGAGAACUUCCUCGCGUCUUUCGCCCUCUCCGCAGCUCCUAUUGCCUGCUGCUCCCGGACAGUGAUGAGCCGUUCAGCUGCGCUGGGGUUUCUACCGUGAAGAAAGGAGAGGUGGAAUAUGAGUUGUAGACGUUCUCUCGAGCUUCUUGUGCGUUGUCUUUCCUGCAUCUGUAUAUAAACCUGCUAGUAUUGAGCACGCACGCUCUUACGCCUACGUUGCUGUUCCUGCACCUGUGCCACAGGACUGGUGUUUCUCGCCAUCAUGGCUUCAGUUUGGAAAAGACUGCAGCGUGUUGGGAAACAUGCCUCCAAGUUCCAGUUUGUGGCCUCUUACCAGGAGCUGAUGGUGGAGUGCACCAAAAAAUGGCAGCCAGAUAAACUAGUGGUGGUUUGGACAAGGAGAAGCCGAAGAAAAUCUUCUAAGGCUCAUAGCUGGCAGCCUGGAAUCAAAAACCCAUACCGUGGGGUGGUGGUAUGGCCUGUUCCUGAAAAUGUUGAGAUUACUGUGACACUUUUUAAGGAUCCUCAUGCUGAAGAGUUUGAAGACAAAGAAUGGACAUUUGUCAUAGAGAACGAAUCUCCUUCUGGCCGCAGAAAAGCGCUUGCCACCAGCAGCAUCAACAUGAAGCAGUACGCAAGCCCCAUGCCUACACAGACAGAUGUCAAGUUAAAAUUCAAGCCUUUGUCCAAGAAAGUGGUAUCUGCCACGUUACAGUUCUCUUUAUCCUGUAUUUUUCUGAGGGAAGGGAAAGCCACGGAUGAAGACAUGCAAAGCCUGGCUAGUUUGAUGAGUAUGAAACAAGCUGAUAUUGGAAAUCUGGAUGAUUUUGAGGAAGACAAUGAGGAAGAUGAAGAAAACCGAGUGAAUCAAGAGGAAAAGGCUGCAAAAAUUACAGAAAUUGUAAACCAGCUGAAUGCUCUGAGCAGCUUAGAUGAAGAUCAAGAUGACUGCAUAAAGCAAGCAAAUAUGCCUUCAGCUAAAUCAGCCAGUUCCUCUGAAGAGCUUAUCAAUAAGCUUAAUUUCCUGGACAAAGAGGAACAUGACCUGGCUGACUCUAGUAUGAACCCUUUUGGUGAUCCUGAUGCAGCCGAAUUAAAUCCAUUUGGAGAUCCUGAUGUAGAAGAACUGGACAGUGAGAUCGCAUCAUCUUCAAAGGCAGAAGAAGGUUUCUAUACUGAUAGUUACAAUCCCUUCAAGGAUGAAGAUGCCCCAGAGUACUUGAACCCAUUUGAUGAACCUGAUCCUGACCCCGAAACAUUUGUAACCGUAAGAGAUUCUCCUCCUCAACCUGCAAAAAGGAAAAACGUCAGACCAGUGGAUAUGAGCAAAUACCUCUAUGCAGAUACCUCCAAAGCUGAAGAGGAAGAACUAGAUGAAUCAAAUCCGUUUUAUGAACCAAAAUCAAGCCCUGCUUUAAUUAAAGUUGGUCCACUGCAAGAACCAGAAAAGAAGAUGAAAAGGAAGGCUCCUGAACCACCAAACCUCUUGCCAAAGACGGAGACAAACAUGAGUGAGAACGUGUCAGCUAUUCCUGCUUCGAGAGAGCUUUCUUCUUCUCCAAAGCCGAGCCCCAUACCAAGUCCCGUGCUGGGGAGGAAGCCAAAUGCAAGUCAGUCCCUGCUCGUGUGGUGCAAAGAAGUUACAAAGAACUAUAGGGGAGUGAAAAUCACCAAUUUUACAACGUCAUGGAGAAACGGGCUCUCCUUCUGUGCAAUACUGCAUCACUUUAGACCAGAUCUCAUUGACUACAAGUCCCUGAAUCCUCAAGAUAUUAAAGAGAACAACAAAAAGGCGUACGAUGGGUUUGCCAGCUUAGGAAUAUCACGAUUGCUGGAGCCUUCUGACAUGGUGCUGUUGGCAAUCCCCGACAAGCUGACCGUUAUGACCUAUCUCUAUCAAAUACGGGCGCACUUCUGCGGCCAGGAAUUGAAUGUGGUUCAAAUAGAGGAGAACAGCAGUAAAAGCACAUAUAAAGUGGGUAACUACGAAACAGACACCAACAGCUCUGUGGACCAGGAGAAGUUCUACGCAGAGCUGAGCGACCUGAAGCGGCAGCCCGAGCUGCAGGCGCCGGAUGGCGGCCUGGCGGACUUUGCCUCCCAGGAUGACUCCGUGUUUGUGAACGACAGCGGGGUCGGGGAAUCCGAAAGCGAGCAUCAGACUCCUGAUGACCACUUAAGUCCAAGCACAGCUUCCCCUUCCUCUCGCAGGACUCGAAGUGACACGGACCCGCAAAAGUCCCAGCAGAGCUCUGGAAGGACUUCUGCCUCUGAAGAAGUUGGGAAGUGCAGCAGUACAGAUACAACACAAGCACAGCCCGUGGUGGGAAGGAAGAAAUUGCUGAAAGCUGACACUUUAGACUUAAGUGACUUGGCACAUGUCGGUGACCAAAAAGAGGACGUAUCUCCCACAAUUGCUUGUGAAGAUAACGACAAAAAAAGACGUCAGAGUUCAGACAACACCGUUGGCUUCUCGGAGCAGGAAAAGCUGGGACAUAUGGGAUCGCCAGAGAGCGUGAGAGAAGAUCCUGGAUCACGUGGCAUGAAGCCGAGUUUAUCUCCUACUUCUAACCUUGGAUACUUCUAUAAUAAGGAUGUGGAUCUCGCAAAGAAAACGUGUGCUUCUCCGAGGCAAGCCGAAUCGGAUUCUGACAGCGAUGCCAGAAUGACUUCAAAUCAUGCAGAUCCAUCUGCAAAGACAGCCCAGCAACGAAUGUUGUCAAGACAGGAAGAACUUAAAGAACGAGCGAGAGUUCUGCUUGAGCAAGCAAGAAGAGAUGCAGCUCUAAAGGCAGGGAGUAAGCAGCUAACCAAUACGAUCAUCCCAGCCCGCAAUAAGCAGCUGAAUGAUCAGCAAGAUGAAGAGCGGCGUCGGCAGCUGAGGGAGCGAGCUCGUCAGCUAAUAGCAGAAGCUCGAUCUGGAGUGAAGAUGUCAGAACUUCCUAGCUACACUGAAAUGGCUGCAGAAAAGUUGAAAGAAAGGUCAAAGGCAUCUGGAGAUGAGGAUGAGGAUGAUGAUAAUAUUGAGAUAGAUACUAACGAGGAGGUUCCUGAAUGCUCUGUUACUGGAGGUGGAGAUGAGCUUACUAACCUAGAAAAUGACCUUGAUUCAACGGCAGAACAAAACAGUAAGUUGGUGGAUUUGAAGCUGAAGAAGACCCUAGAAACUCAGCCACAGGUGGCAAAUUCACUCUCCAGCACUGCUCAGAAAGCUGUAACUGAUAGCUCAGAGCAAGACGUUAAGCAGAAUGGAACAGAGGAGCAUCGUGCUGAGCGAUUACAAAAAGCAGCAGAACGUUUUAGAAAUCCUGUUGUGUUCAGCAAGGACUCCACCGUCAGAAAAACUCAGCUCCAGUCUUUCAGUCAGUAUGUGGAGAGCAGACCAGAGAUGAAAAGGCAGAGAUCAAUACAGGAAGAUACAAAGAGAGGAAAUGAGGAGAAGGCUGCGAUAACUGAGACUCAGAGGAAGCCAUCAGAAGAUGAAGUGCUUAAUAAAGGGUUCAAAGACACCAGUCAGUAUGUUGUAGGAGAAUUGGCAGCACUAGAGAAUGAGCAAAAGCAAAUUGACACCCGUGCCGCGCUGGUGGAGAAGCGCCUUCGCUAUCUCAUGGACACAGGAAGGAACACGGAAGAAGAGGAAGCUAUGAUGCAGGAGUGGUUCAUGCUGGUUAACAAGAAGAACGCCUUGAUAAGACGGAUGAACCAGCUUUCCCUCCUGGAAAAAGAGCACGACCUGGAGCGGCGCUACGAGCUGCUGAACCGGGAGCUGCGCGCCAUGCUGGCUAUCGAAGACUGGCAGAAGACGGAGGCGCAGAAGCGGAGGGAGCAGCUGCUGCUGGACGAGCUGGUGCUGCUGGUGAACAAGCGGGACGCGCUGGUGCGGGACCUGGACGCGCAGGAGAAGCAGGCCGAGGAGGAGGACGAGCACCUGGAGCGGACCCUGGAGCAAAACAAAGGCAAGAUGGCCAAGCGGGAGGAGAAGUGCGUCCUGCAGUGAGCGGCGGCCCCGUCCUGCGCUGCCGAAACGCCGACGAGACGCUGCAAAGAAAGAAAAAGAAAGAGAAAAAAAGGAAAAAAAAAAUGUUUUGCAAAAAAAAAAAUCAAAUCAAGUCAAACCCCCCCAACACACACACAUACACACACACACACACACACAAACACUCUCCCCGAACCCCCCCAUUCCCUCGGGCCGGAGCCGGCGGGUCCCGUCCGGAGCUCCGCGCAACCCCGGGUUCGUACUGUAGGGUUAGAGAGGGGCCCGGGGAUACAACACCGACCCCACGGGGAGAGCCCUCCCGGCCCGCACCCCCCGCUGUCCCCGGGCCGUAUUUAUUGCGCCGGGCCCCGCGGAGCCCCCGUUUAUUUAUUACAGUGCCGAGAGACGGAGAGAGCGUUUUCAAUAAAAGCCGAAUCUUUCUUACCGGA